GCCGAGAUAGCUUAGCAAAACGCAUUUCAUUUCAGACCAAAACGACACACUCAGAAGUGACAACGCAGUGGCCCAAGAGCUGAUGAGAAACUGUUGAGAGAGCAGAAAUGUUGAGACGAAAACCAACCAAGAUCGAACUCAAAAUCCAAGAUAUACAAGAACUCGAAGAACCUCAUACACGCGCCGCCGCCGCCGCACUCCUCAAGAAACUCGACAGCUCCAAAGACCCCUCCUCCAAAACGCACCGCAUCGGCCUUCCUCCGAAUUCAAACUAAUCGCCACCAAUUCCAUGGCGGACGCCGGCGGCCUUCAUAAGCGAGCUCUUACCAGUCUCGCCGACCACGACGGCGUCCUUGACGAGAUUCUGGCAAGGCUACCGGUCAAAUCUUUGAUGCGAUUUCGCUGCGUCUGCAAGUCAUGGCGUGCUCUCAUUUCCCAGUCUCAUUUUGUCACCAAGCACUUCACUUACGCAACCCAAGGCAUCACCGAGUCCACCUCAAGGCUCCUUUUCUCGACGAGUCCUGUCGAAUCCAUAGACUACGAAGCCCUGAAGGAUCUGAAUGAUGCAGAUUCUCAUCUUGCAAUUAGAAAGCUCAAGUUUCCGGUAAUGUUCCCUGAUUCAAGUAUUACAACAAUUACAGGUUCUUGCAAUGGGCUGAUAUGCGUAGAUGUUGACCUGGAAGGGAUUGCGAUAUGGAACCCUUGUGCUGGAGAAUCCAAUGUGUUGCCAAAACGUACUGAUGAUUGCACUCAUGAUGAUUAUAAGGUAGUGAGAGGGCACAAUUAUAGAGUUAGGGGUUCUGAGGAAACAGUGGUUCAGGUCUUUAGUUCAAAAUCGGGUUCAUGGAGGACCCAUGAGGGUCUCGAUUACUUUAACUUGGCAGGGCGGGGGUACUUGUUAAACGGGGUUCUGCAUUGGUUAGAGACCACAUUCACUGAUAUUAUCGUCCGACAGGGUCGAGGAUUAUCUCAUUUGAUUUAGGGGAGGAGGAGUUUAGGGAGAUGCUUGCAUUGCCCUAUCAUGCCUGUUUUAGUUAUAUUUUUACUCUUGGAGAUUGUCUCAGUGUGUAUAUACUUGGCUUCCUACACAAUGAGACCACUGGUUUUAGAAUAUGGAUGAUGAAGGAAUAUGGGGUCAAGGAGUCUUGGACCGAGGUUAUAGGUUCAGAGAGUUUACCUGAAGAGUAUGAAUUAUCUCUCUUGACACCUCUGUGCAUUUUAGAGAAUGGCAAAGUUUUGAUGGUUAAAAUUGAUAAUUAUCAGUCCUUGGUGUUAUAUAGCCCGAAGGAACAGAUAUUUAGGGAUGUUAUUAGGACACAAAACAAAUGGAAGUUGGAUACAGCCAUUUACAGGGAGACUUUAGUUUCACCAGUAACCAGCCGUAUUGCAGACAUCUGACAUCAACAUGAUUUGUUGGGGAGCUAAUGUAUCCUGACUAUGAACCUCAAGGAAAUCUCGAAAAUAUUUGAAUCAAGCUGAAGUAAAAGGCUGCUAGAGGUUAACUGCCUAGUUGUAAUUCAAGGUGGGAUUCAAGAAAAGGGGGAGAAGUAUGUCUGCGCAUUUGAUAGACAUUUCUGCAUCUGCCUCAAUUGUACCCUUAAUUGAAUAACUUUGUGAAAUAACAGUUUAGGUUUUCAUU